GGUUCGAUUACUCGCAUGUUGUCCCACUCGCAUGUGCUGCAGUUCCAUGUAUAGACUACGAAAGGACGUUUGAAGUAAUAAGCACAUUUACGAUAUAUGUGGUGUUUUACAGACACGGCAGUUAAGGGUCGACAAAAUAGCGUGGGUCACGUGAUGCCCCUGAGGAGGGAAGUAUUGGCAGUGUAUAGACGUGCCCUAAGGCUAGCCAAUGACUGGGGCAAGUAUGCCUCUCAAUCUGGAGAUGUUCUUGCAGAAAAGGAGUAUAUCCGAAGUGAAUCAAAAAAGAUAUUUAGGAAAAACAGAUAUAUUUCAGAUAACGAGACAAUUCAUGAUCACAUCAAAGAAGCUGAAACAAGGAUAGAAAUGGCCAUUCAUUACAAGACACCUUACCCUAGGCCUGUUAACAUACCUCAGAGUGUCCUACCACCUUUAAGUGCCAAAUUAAAGAAAGGCCAGAGGAGAGCAAUCAAACAGUCCAAACCUAUUUACCUGAAGUCCUACGACGACAGUGACACAUGAUCAUAUGAUGCAUGUUAGGCCAUUAACCUUGACAUGAAGGGAUUCAGCUUUGAUAUCUGAAUAUAACAACACAUGGAGUAAAUUCACAAAACUUGCAGUACCAGUUUGUUAAAACUGAUGGUGAAAUGCCAUGUCUGUGAAAACUGCUGGUGAAUUGCUGUCUGUUAGAACUGUUGGUGAAUUACAUGGGGGGUGUGAUGCAAUCUGCUGUACAUAUAUUCGUUGCUAAAAUUGUAUCAACAGUAUAUUUAACAGAAUGUAGCACCUAGUAAAUCCAUAUUUAUGAAACUU